CAGCGGUGACGACGGCAAAGAAGUGGGUGGGUCUGGCGACCGCGAUCGGCCAACUGAUACGGCUGAAGCAAGCAAGAAGCAAGGCAAGUAAAAGCAUUUCCGCACAGCACAGCACAGCACAGCGCAGACCAGCAACCAACACCCCCACACCCCUAUCUCCAUCCACACACACACAGGAGCGCCAUGAUGCGCGGCACAAGCGCCACGGCAGUUACUGUGGCCGCGACCCUGUUGUUGGGCGCCUGCCUUUGCGUUGCAGGCGAGCGGCUGAACCAGCAUGUCUCCAACUACGCCGGCAUCAACAUCCACCCGCAGCAGACCUUGUACCAGGGUCGCUACACCCGCGAAACCUACCUCCACGACCAACUGUUUACCCUCAACAUUGCCGCCUUUGACUCGACAUUCCGCUUUGAUCUUGAGCCACACACGUCCCUGCACUCGCCAGACCUGAAGGCGUACGUGUUUGCCGGCGAGGAGCGCACAGAGGUGUCGCUCGACGAUCGCAAGUACUACCGUGGCCACGUCAACUUUAACACGUCCGAGUUUUGCCACUUCCGUGUUGCUGAUGAUGGCACCGUCCACGGCUUCUUCAACUACGAUGGCGACAAGUACGCCGUUGAUCCGGCCGAGUACCACUUUGACGAGCCGCAGGAGUUCAACCACGUCGUGUACCGCCUCAGCGACCACGACUACGUCAACCAGCCCCAGCUUCCGGCCCACUGCGGCGUGACCAAGGCCAUGGCCGACCAGCUCUCCACAGAUGAGCAGGACGAGGCGUACUUUGAGCGUGCCCGCCGCGCCGCCUUUGAUUCCUCAAAGACCGUCUGCAACAUUGGCAUUGUCGCUGACUCGCUCUUCUACACCAACCUCGGCGGCAGCAACGUCGGUCGCACCAUCGACAAGAUGACCCAGCGCUUCGCCAACGUUGAGGAGGUGUAUGAGGAGUACAACACCGUGCGCGACGACUCCGGUGCCGCCACCAUCGGCAUCAGCAUCGGCUACCUCGAGGUCAUUUCCACGCCAAGCAACGACCCGUACAACACGGGCCAGAACUUCAACAACGAUGGCUCGGAGUUCCUGCGCUACUUCUCCAAGAACCCCAACGCCGCCAACAACAUGGUUGCCUGGGAUGACUACUGCAUUGUGCACUGCCUCACCGACCAGGAGUUCAACGACGGCCUUCUUGGUCUCGCCUGGGUUGGCUCCGCUGACAACACCCCCGGUGGCAUCUGCCAGCAGGGCGCAAAGCUCUCCGGUGAAUUCCUCUACACCAACACGGGUUUCUCCACACAGACAAACUUCGGCGCUCGCGUGCCUGAUCUCACAGCGUACCUUGUCAUGGCCCAUGAGAUGGGACACAACUUUGGCUCUGGUCACGACGAGGACGAGCAGACCUCUGGCGGACAGUACCUGAUGUGGCCCGUCUCUGUCGACGGCACGGAGGACAAUAACUACCUGUUCAGCCCGCAGAGCCUGGACACGAUUGCUGCCGUGAUCACGGCCAAGGGCGGAUGCUUCGUGGCGUCGGACGAGCCAACCUGCGGCAACACCGUCCAGGAGGGAACAGAGCAGUGCGACUGCGGAUCCAACGAGGACUUGUGCAGCUCCUUUGACGCGUGCUGCACCACAGACUGCAUGCUCGCCGCUGGCAAGGAGUGCUCUCCACAGCACCGCGAGAACGGCGCUUGCUGCAACGACGACUGCACCAAGAUCACCGACACCAGCCAGGUGUGCCGUGAGGAGACGGUGUGCACCAUGCAGUCCACCUGCACCGCCAACGGCGAGUGCCCGGCCUCCGUUGCCCGCGUCAACAACACCGUGUGCGCCUCGGACAUGUUGUGCAACGAUGGCGUGUGCGCGCGCUCCAUCUGCUACCUGUGGGGUCUGCAGGAGACCACAAACAGCGACAACCCCUGCCUCGUGUACUGCUACAACACCACGCUCGGCACCGCCUCUGCCAAGACCACGGACCAGCUCGGCUCCCCCACCGUGCAGGCGAAGAACCAGGACGGCACUGACUACACCGUCCCCAGCAGCGCCAUUGCCCGCGCCGUGGGUUCCCUCUGCCGCACAGAUAACGGCACGUUCACGGGCCAGUGCUCCGACACCCACGAGUGCGAAUCCAACCGCGGCACAACCUAUUUUGACGACUUUGAGGACUUCCUCAAGAACGCCUCGUUCAACGACCUCAAGGAGUGGGCCCUGCGCACGGACGCGUACAUCCCCAACUGGGGCUGGCUCCUCGUCGGCCUGGGCGUGCUGAUCAUCCUCAUCUCCCUGUGCUGCUGCUUGUCCAACCGGAUGGACAAGAGCAACAAGGUUGUCUGAGCCAGGUUUCAGCCAUACCAAACGUGCUGUGCUUUUACUCGCUGGGAGGACAAGAAAGCACCACAACCACCACCCACCCACACACCCACACACCCACUGCAUACGCAUGUCGCCUGAUGUUUGUCCCUCUUGCACUGCCUGUUGCGGCCUUGUCUCUGUCUUUGUUGUCUGCUUGCUCUUUGUCUGCACCCCUGUUCCUUCCUCCUCCUCCAUAUUCAGUACACCGUUGCUGUUGCUGCUGCCACCGAAUAGUGCACACAAACACACGCGCACACACGCACACACACACCACGUUGCCGCGUUCUCUGUCGAUAUUGCCUGGAAUGGCGUCGUGCCGUGACACCAGCAC